GUCGACCGCGGUCAUGUGUGUAUAAUGGCUAAGAAAUAUUUAUUGUGCUUAUUUUUAAUUCUAAUCGUUGUACAUGUGAGCGGCAAAUGGCGUAGUAGUGGUUCAAGAUCGAGUUCGGGUUCAAGAUGGGGUUCCAGUUCUGGAAGAUCAUCAUCAUCAGGAUCUAGUUGGGGAUGGGGCAGCUCAGGGAAGUCUUCGGGAUCGAGCUGGGGAAGUUCUGGGAAGUCAUCGGGUUCGAGUUGGGGAUGGGGUUCAAGUGCAAGCAAACCAAGCUAUAGCUACCCUUCAUCGUCCUCAGGAUUAUCUGGUUCUUCAUCAGGUUCAGCAAGUAAAUAUCCAUCAUCCAUCGGUUUGUCCGGAGCAGGAAGUUCAUGGCCAUUCAGUAAUUCUGGAAGUAAAUAUCCCGCAUCUACUGGCUUAUCAGGUUCAAGCUCUGGAAGUAAAUACCCUGCAUCAACUGGUCUAUCUGGAUCUGGGUCAGGGAGUAAAUAUCCUGCAUCAACUGGAUUAUCGGGUUCUAGCUCUGGAAGCAAAUACCCUGCAUCGAUUGGCCUAUCUGGAUCUGGUUCAGGAAGUAAAUAUCCUGCAUCAACUGGAUUAUCGGGUUCUAGCUCUGGAAGUAAAUAUCCUGCUUCGAUUGGCCUAUCUGGAUCUGGUUCAGGAAGUAAAUAUCCUGCAUCAACUGGCUUAUCGGGUUCUAGCUCUGGAAGUAAAUACCCUACAUCGAUUGGCCUAUCUGGAUCUGGUUCAGGAAGUAAAUAUCCUGCAUCAACUGGUUUAUCGGGAUCUAAUUCAGGAAGUAAGUAUCCAAUUUCAACGGGAACCAGUGGUUCUAGUCAUGGAUCAAAAUAUUACCCUCCUUCAUCAACAGGAUUAGCAGCGUCCGGAACAGGGAAUGGGGCAUCAUCAUACCGGCAUCCUAGCCAUACAUCUCAUUCUAAUAAGCAUUAUAGCAACAACAUGGGGGCUUCUCAUAAUCCUACUGGUCCCACGUAUGUUAAUAACUAUUAUGGUAGUAAUUACCAUGUACCAAGUUACUAUACAAUGCCCCAACAUGUAUACAUAACAGAGUAUAGAAGUUCUGGAAGUCGGUAUGGGGAUUUAUUGACUGGACUUACAUUAUAUAACUUGGGACGCUCUCACUCCCACUAUCAUGAACAUUAUUAUUAUGAUGAUUAUUAUAGGCGAAGAUAUGAUACUCCUGGAUAUGUUCAAAGCCACCAGAAUAGUUAUAAACCGAAGGACGAAGCUCAUUGUUUACUAAGAAUAAAAGAAUAUAACAAUGAAGAAACUCUUAAGAUUCCUUGUGAGAUAGUUUCAACGUUCACUGACGGCAGUAAGCAAUUACCAAAGGAAUCAAUAAAAGUGGAUAGAAUUAUCUGUUAUAAUACAACAACAACUAACGAAAAAUCAGAUAGCUCAUCCUCUAGCUCUACAGUCUCGCCUACUGUAAUCACCGGACCGACAACUACAGCCAUACCUAUAGUAACUGUUUCAACAAAAGCAUUAAACCAGUCUGAAACUCUUUCAGUUCUACCAUUAAACUUGAAUGUGUCUGAUAACAACACUUAUACCCAGAGCAAUGCAACAACAACUGAGCUUACAAAUAUAGCAAUAAAUACAACUUCAACACCUUUGAUACAAAACGUGACAAAAGGAAAUUUUGAAUCUACACCAACAGGAAACAUAUCAACAUCAACGGAGACAAGUUCAACAACAGAUGCAAAUAUUAAUACAAAAAUGACUGAUUCUACAUCAACAAAAAAUGACACGAGUUCAGCGAUUAUUUCCGUUUAUACUAUUUCAACGCCUUUAAAUAUUUCAUUUACAUCUACAACCGCUAUGCCAACGACAACAAGUGAACCUAAAUCGAACACUUCAAACGUAACAACUAUAACUACUGUAUUAAAUUCAACUUGUGUGACAGAGUCAGUACUCAAAGACCCUCUUGCUUUAACGGGUCCGCCACCAAAUCCGAAUGCUAUGAAAUGUGAAGUAGAAAUUAUAACAAGGGAUCAUCGGCUAAAAACAAAAGUUGACUGUGGAACUUUAAUGGAAUACUCUAAAAUGCCAGAACCUAAGCGAGAGCCCACAUCUAAUAUUCCAUCAAGAGAAAAACUAAAAUCGUGGCUGUCGAGUCCUCCCUGGUGGAUGUCUUUGUUCAUAGCGGUCUAAGAAUUUGUAAAUUUUAAGUAGUUAUUAAUCAUAAGUAAUUGUUUAAGUAUAGUUCAUAUUAAUCGCUAAGAAUGUGUACUGCCUCAUUUGCUUGUUGUAAAAAAAGGUGAUAUCGAAAGGUUAAUAUCGUAAACGUUCAAGACAUAACAAUCGAUAACACAAGCGGAAUGCUUAUGAAUUUAUACAUUUCACUAGUUUUAGUUUAAGCGAUGGCUAUUACGUUGCGGGUGUAUAAAUUUGUUACUGCUGCUCUUUAUUACAGGUUGUAUGUGUAAUUUGUUAGAUCGAAAAAUUGCAUUGCGUGUUCCGUUGAAGUUUCGAACAACUGCUUUUUAACAACUUUUAAAUAGCAGCAAUUUUACGAAUGAGCAAAAGAAUGUAAUGGUAAAUUUAAAUCUAGUAAGGUUACAAUUAUUAUUUUAUUGUUAUACAGACAGUGAAAAUUUGACGUGAAUUUGAUGUGCUAACAUUGGUGGUUUUAUAUAUGAGAGGGAAAGCGGAAAAAAGGCUGGCGUAAUGGAAAGUGAUGAGGAAACUCAAGGACAUCCGCAAUAUGAAGUCAGGAGAUGCGUUUCUGGCCUUUAAGGAGUAUGCUCUAAGGUUGAAGGUCCCAAAGUAGUGCAGUUAAAUAAACAAUGUGCUAUUUCUCUUUGCCCACGUAUCGCCAAAGAUACCUUUUGAAUAAACAGAAUAGUUGUAACAAUAAAAAAAACACUAAUGAACUGAGGGGCUUUUUAUUCGCAUAAUACACCAGGGUUUAUUAUAUAAAGAGGUUACAAUGUAUCUUUAAAUCUCAUAAUUUUUAUUCUUUCAAUUUAGGCCACCAAACCUUUUCCUACAAAAAAAAAACAGCAAAAUAAUUUUUCUUGGGCGACAGCUAAAUUAUUGUAUCGCAACCUCAUAUUGAGUACUUGUGCCUCCUUACAAUUUUUUGAUAUUCCAUAAUUAUAUGCCUCACCACGUUGAUAUUUUAUGAUCAUCAUAUUGAUUACCUGUAACAAUAAAAUAGUAAAUUAGAAUUUAUACAAUCAAUAAAACAGAUUGAAAACGUGAGGAAAUACAAGUUGCACGUAUUUGUAGUUUUUUCCUAUAAUAUGUUUCGGUAUCUAUUUCUCUGAAUGGUUAUUGCUUUUAAUUAUUAGCAAUAGCUAAUAGGACUUUAUCCUCGGAGGACCACAAUAUAAAGGUAUAGUAUAGAUUUAAAGGAAGUGCACGUUCUUCAAGAUCACUCACUCCAAUAUCAUAGGAGUCCUAACAAGCGUGACUAACGAACCUAUUCGCUUUAAUAUCCUUAACGUUCAUAAUGGUACCUAUAGCUUUAUUACACAUGGAUAUUCGAUCGUUAUGAAGUUCAAUAAUUCAUUAUAAUAUAAUUCAUUUUAAUAAAAUUGUUUAUUGCUAUUCAAAACCAUAUUGUGUUUCACUUAACUACAAUAAUUGUAAUUGUUUGUUCCUCACAAAAAAGAUUGAUCGAGGUAAUUGAAGAUAUUAGAAAAUAAAUAAUUAUUAUCGACAAACAUAAUUUAUAGGCAUCGUAUUCAACUUAACUUCAACCUACAACGAAAUUAAUACACUUAUGUGUUACUCUGUAAUCAAAUAAAAAUAUUAAAAUCUA